AAUUGUUGAAAUUUUGCUGAACUUGUUUUGUUUUGGUUAGCCAUCGAGGCCGAAGUUUGUCAACAACGCUAUGGUUAAUUAACAGUUUAGUGGUUUAAAAGGUGUUAUUCUCUAACUUUUUCGGCAAUGGGAUCACUUAAAUUCAACUUUGGACAAGAAAAUUUAGCGACGACAGCCACAGUGGCAGAGGCCAGGUUGGUGUGCCAGGGAAUAAACAACCAGAGCUACAUCUGUGAGUCAGGUCACUGCUGUGGAGAGACGCAGUGCUGCAGCUACUACUAUGAACUGUGGUGGUUCUGGUUGGUGUGGACUCUGAUCAUUAUCCUGACAUGUUGCUGUGUGUGUCAGCACUGGCGCUCAAAGCAGCGAUUCCAGCAGCAGCGCCGGCAGAACGAGAUCAACCUCAUUGCCUACAGAGAGGCUCACAACAACUCUCAUCUACCCCUCUAUCUCAGAUUCUUGCCCACCUACUUGCUGCCAGCCUAUGAAGAGGUAGUUGACCGCCCAGCCACACCUCCUCCUCCCUACACCCCUCUCCAGCCAGCACCUUCACCCUCAAAUCCACCUGAAGAAUCUCUGUGCUCCCACUUGGCUAUCUCCAUCCCCAAUGAUGCUGAUGCAGUGCUACCUGCUACUCCAGAGGCCAUGCAGACCAACCUUAACAGUGCUUACAACCCUAACAAGGACUCAACACCGGGCAGGUACCGGCGCUUCACAGGGGAUUCUGGGAUUGAAGUAUGUGAUGGUCAGGAACUGUGGGAUCAGCACACCUUUUUAGAAAGAGAAGAAGAAACAGAGGAACAGGGGGUACGGCCAGUGGAAGAUCCAUGUGAUCGCUGUGGUCUCAGGACCUCUGAACACAGCCAUAUUAGUGAACUAGGCAUUCACGAAAACAUCGAUGGACACACAGAGUCACAGUCUAUUAGGUAAUCCAGAAUAUUGACUAGUGGUGCAGAAACAAAACUCUGUAGAUGUCACUGAUGCAAUAUUAUACCUUUGAUGCUCAGGGGUUUGGUCUUUUAGUACAUGUGUAAGCUUGACUGACACCAGUGUGACAGGCCUGGAGACAAAUGAAAGAUAUGACUAGAUGAGAAUUUCCCAAAAUUUUAAGCUACAUUAUGCAGACUGUGGUUUGAAGCAGAAUGUAUGUUGUUAGCCAAGCUCCUCUUCUCCUCAUAUUCAAGUUCAUCUUUGGACAGUCACUAAUUAAAGUUGAGGGGCUGUCUGCUUUGAAUUGUUCUCCUUUCAAAAAGUAAUACUGAUAUUCACGUUCACUAAUACAGUUCUUUUCUUUAAGCUUUGUUGAAUGCUUCUCUGACUCAAUGCCCUUUUUAACUAAAGGAGCUGUUGUACUGUCACUGACUGUAGCAUUAGAUUUGCAUACCUCCUAGAUUUAAGCGACGUAAUGAUAUCAUACAGCAGUGAUCAUCAAGUGGCUGCCUAUGGGCCACAUGAUGCCCACCAAAGCUUCUAAUCCAGCCCACAAAAUACUAAAGAAUUCAGUAAAUGUGUGCUCCAGUAGUUAUCGUAUCUAGCAUUUGAUGCCUACAGUAUCUUCCAUAUGUUGAUUUACUUAGAGCUGCCACAAUAUCAAUAUUGACCAACACAUACUGAUUUUCAGAUUUUUUUACUAUUUUCAAAUGCGUAAAAUCUUAUUUAAUUGUCGAUAUGUGCACAGUGCAUUGAGUUGCAAGUGUAGCUGAUGACCACUAUCAUACAGUAUACCCCCUUAUGGUAGGUAGAGCUUGACCAUUAUUGAUUUAAUUGCUGAUAUACGCACAGCAGAACACAGUAUUUCACUGACUGAGACGUUUUAGAGUGUAAAACUAAAAAUGUCUCUGUGGUAGACAAACUAGGAAAUGGAGACAUUGCUUCCAAACCACCUCAAACAUACUUUUUGGCAUUUUUGUGCUGACAUUUGUUGUUGGUUCUAGGUUAUGUGCUGAUACUGAUAUAUAAGUGAUGAGUCACAAUGAGCCUGCUGAUCUAAUGGCAGCCAUAGUUUCUCUUUAAUAUCUUAGGUUGUAGUGGUCAUGCAGGGCAUUGUAGAAAAUCAGUGAGCCGGUCUGCUUAAGUUGUCAGGUAUUUUUGGAGGAUUAGCCAAAAACAGAUCUGUUAAACUACAGGUCCUCUUUGCAUAUUGGACUCUGGUAUCUUCAGCUGCUUCCUGGUUUUUAUAUAUUAUUUGUGAUCAUCAACCUUCUCUAAUUGCACAGCACUGACUUUUGAUUCACAGUUGCCACACAUAAAGUACUGUCACUAUAAGGCCACAUGUGGUGACAGGAUUCAGGUUCACAGGACCAUGUAACUUGUUCCAGACAAGUUUAAGCUCAGCUUAAACUCUAGAGCUCCAGCUCCAACAUAUCCAGGCUUGUUCAAUUAAUUUAAGAUGCACAUUGUAGCUUAAGACAGUUGUCACAUGAUUGGAGGUUUAGUAAAAAUAUUAUGCAUUUGUUCCUUUUAUAUUGAUGCUGACAAUGUGAACAAUGCUCUUAUCAAGUCUUAUUAAUCAAAUCAGUCAGUAAGACUUAGAGAAAUGAGUAAGCAGGCACACAUUUACCAAAUGCUGAAACUGAGUAUGAACUUACAGGUGAUCCCACUUCAGCUUACUUUUUCUGUGAAUGACAUACUGCAAUAUCAUGACGUGCUUUAAAUCAAACCCAAAGCCGUGCAUCAGCUGCCAUCCAGUUGGUGCAAUACAGCAGAUUACAGUUUGUCUUAACACUAUUAUUAUGCAAAUUAUUUGGCAUGUGCUUCCUCACAGGAACUAACUCAUAAUAUCAGGAUUUAUUGCGAAAUUUACAGAAAUGUAGUUUAUAAAAGUGUUAAAGAUUGUUUUGAAGGUACGUCGAAAAGCACCACCAAGAGCAUACUGAUUGAUGUACUGUAUUUUGUACACUGCUCCAGUUCUUGUACCACAGAUUGCUUUAAUAAGUGAUCAUUAACCCUUGUAUGAAUCUCUAGUCACCUGUCACACUGGUGUUAAUUAAAGAUUCUGAUGCUAUAGUGCCAUAAUGUGUAGGCUUAUGUAGCCUUUGAGUAGAAAAUAUUUAGGUGAACUUGAUCAAAGCUCUGGAGUGCCUGUGACUUAAAAGUUGAAAACUGUGCAACCGAUCCGUGUACUCAUUAACAGAUUCAUUGUCCAUUUAAUCAAUGUUGUAGUUUUGUUUUUCUGUAGUUUGACAAAAUGUUCUGUACAGAUUGAAACUGCAUUAAGUGCUGCUCAACGAUUACAUUGCUCUAGACAUGUAAAUGAGAAAAAUGAGAAAAUAUCAUCAUCAGUAUGUUAUUCUGAAAACAUACACAAAUGUGUGUUAGAGGGUGUGGGUUAUAAUCUGUGUGUACAUACAAAGGGAAUGACUACGGUGCAAACGGAUGAUACACUCCAUGUAUGAAUGUGUCAGGCUGUAGAGAAGCUGACAGUGAAACCCAAACCUUACUGUGCACUGAGGGAACUUUGCUCUAAUUGAGUCAGUUGAGCACUUUUCCAUAUAUGCAGCUUUGAACAGUAGUCUUCAGCAACAGGUGCUACACUCUGUAUAUUUGUUCUUUAUUAUCUGCUGAAUAAAAUUCUAUUUUUCUGUUG